CAAUAUUCAAGAUGCUGUCCACUAGCGAAGAUGCCGGAUUCUACUCGCACAAUCGCGAUCAUUCCGAAACGGGAGAUUCGGACGGCACGCAGGAUAUCCUUACAUGCGGGUCGUGUCAGAAAACGUUCGCCCUGUCCGAUAUCGUGCGCUUCAUCCAGCACAAGGUGCUCCAGUGUAACAAGGAAAACUAUGGCCAGUGCUACACGCAAGCCGAUCGUGGUACCGAUCGUGACUCGGACACGGAUGGCCGUCGGCUAAUGUUGACCAGCAGCAGCAGCAGCAGCAUCACGACGCGACGUGCCUCCAUGCCGAAUGUGUCCUGCCGGGUGAAGCAAAUCACCACCACCACCACCACCACCACCAACCUCAGCACCAGCACGGCGUUCGAUCGUGUCCACACACCACCUCCAACCAGCCCGGCGGAACUGUUACGAGACGGCGCCUCCAGCACACCGAAACAGCUAGGUGAUGAACCAGAAAACGCAUCCACUCAUUGCCCGUCGCGGGGUGCCAGUCCGCUCGGUUGCACCCACCACGACAACCACAAACCGUCCGUCCGUGUGGCCGACAUCAAGCAGGAACGCAUGGACAUCGAUCCGUCGUCGUGCGGCGAGGACGAGUUCGUCGGCCGAAAACCAUCACAGACCACCCACCGGAAUGGUUCGCACCCGGACACCCGGACGAAGGGUGGUUCCGAUGCGCCCGAGCCCAACAACACCAGCAGCGAGCCCAGCAAUUACGUGUGCUCCACGUGCAAAACCAAGUACCAUUCGGCAUGGCGGCUGGUGCAACACGUACAGCAUGCACACGGAGUGAAGAUUUACGUUGAAUCGUUAGCGAGCACCGGUAACCAGGAUGGUGGUGCAGCACCGACAGCGGAAUCCGAUGCACCAGAAUCGGCAGCCGCUUCGGAGGAAGCGAACGGACCGGUUACGCCGCUUCCGGAAUCACACAAGGUGACCGACAUUACUAGUGACGAGCCGGAAACGGGUUCACCGCGUUCCCGAUCUGUAAGCCGUAGUCGACAUGAAGUUUCGUUGGAGCGAGAAGAAACACGGCAAGAGAUCCGGUCUCCAGCUCUGAAAGACUCGAAGGAUACGCCCAGCAAUGGGUUGGAGUUGGUGACUAGCGCUCCAAUCGAGAACGGUGUGGACGCUGAGUCCGACGGAGAGAUCGAGGUGCGAACGAAGCGACCGAAACUAACCAACACAAGCAGCAGCAGCAGCAGCAGCAACAGCUCGAACGGAAAUCACAGUACGGUCAACCACACCGUGGAAGUUGCCCUGGCACUCACAAGUCCUCAGGCACUCACGACCUCCACGACACUACCAUUACGGCAGUCGACCACACCGCAACCUCUAGCCUCCUCGUUCAUCGCCGCCGCUCCUUCACCGUCCCAUCCCUCCCAACACUCACCACCAUCGGCCAGUGUGGUCACCUCAACACCCACCCUAGCUUCAGCACGCAGUGAAUCGACACAAAGCCUUCCACCAACGUCACUGCGUGCCCACCACUCGCUACUGCCACCACCAGAACUUCAUCCGAACCCGUUCGGAUUGCUUCGAAUGCCACCGCACCAUCCACACAGCCCACUGUUCGGCCGAGCACAUCACGACUUUCGCAUGGAGCACCUCAUGUCGGAACAGUUCCGCAGCCAUGGGCUUAACCUUGCCGCAGCGGCUGUUGCAGCCGCCAACCAGCUAAAGUCCCACAGUCAGCAGUUCAAUCCGGCCACCGGUGCGACCGCAUCCGAGCGUCCUCCUUCGGCUAGUGGAGCCGCCCUAACGCUCACCCCUGGCGGUGGUCUCGAGCCACACAUGGACUACUACUCCCAGCGACUAAGGCAGCUCGCCGGUACGACGAGUCCGGGUGCCAAUCUUACCUCCAACUCCUCUAACUCGCCGAGUCCCCGCAAGCAGCAACACUCACCAUCCCACUUUGCCAGUCCCUCACCUUCCCAGCUGCCUCCAACGCCGCUGACCAACAACUCCCGGCCACAGAGUCUCACACCGCCGGAAAAGCACACCGAACUGCUCGGCAUGGACACGGGCAGUAUCAGCAAUACACCGCGAUCAGCCUCGACGCCACCGAACAAGCAAUCGAUUCAAUCCGCGUCCGACAAUGCGCUCUACUCGUGUGAGUUCUGUGGUAAAAAGUUCCGCUUCCAAAGCAACCUGCUCGUCCAUCGGAGAACGCACACCCGGGAGUUGCCGUUCAAGUGUACUAGCUGUGAGUUUUCGUGUGCGAAGGAUUCGAAGCUAAAGCAGCACAUCAAGAUGGUCCAUGGAAGGCGGCGUUCGUCGGCGGCUGUUUCGGAACCGGACUCGGGUGCUAGCAAUGUGGACUCGAUCAAGAGCGAUCCGGACGAUACGGACAAUGAGCUGAUGGAGGAUCUGGAUGCGGAUGGAGAUGACCAUCGGCGAAUCGCGCACGAUGGUGCAGAUGGAGACGAUGACAAUGGGGAGGAUGAUGACGAUGACGACGAUGAGGAUGAGGAUGAGGACGAUGAGGCCGAGGACCUCAGCAUGAGCAGUACCCAGAGUCAAUCGAAGAAGGAUAGUAGUGGUGGAUCGUUGCCAAUGUCUACGUCGCUCGUUGGCGAGUUGAUGGAUAAGUUCGGACUGUCCAACAUCGCCCAGUACUCGGAAGCGUACAAACAGGCACUGCAGGAAUCGGGCAAUGCGCUCAAGCUGCAGCUAACGAGCAAAGACCGCGACAACAACAACAGCGCCAUGGCUAUUCCUGGACUGGCGGAGAAGCUAAACGGAUUACCCACGGCGCUGCGCAUCAAGCAAGAGUUGGCCAAAAACAUGCUACAGCACCACAACGCCCAACUGCCACAGGUUCCUUUGUUCAAUCCGUUCGAAAAUCCGUUCGAAGCUUCCAAACGUAUGAAGCUCGAGGGUAGCGAAAGUUGGUGGGGUCUCCCCGGGCUCCACCGAGGUGACGCACUGUUCGACGAGAUGAAACCGGGCCGGGAUGGUAGCGUUGGACGGGGAUCAAGUGCCGCCGGCUUGCUGCAACCGAUGAUGAAGAAGGAGAGCAAGUUGCGCAACGAUACGUGCGAGUUUUGUGGUAAGGUGUUCAAGAACUGCUCCAACCUGACCGUCCACCGACGAAGUCACACGGGCGAGAAGCCGUACAAGUGUGAGCUGUGUUCGUACGCCUGUGCACAGAGUUCCAAGCUGACGCGUCACAUGAAAACGCACGGCCGGCUCGGGAAGGACGUCUAUCGGUGUCGAUUCUGCGAGAUGCCGUUCAGUGUGCCGUCCACGCUCGAGAAGCACAUGCGCAAGUGUGUCGUCAAUCAGGGUAAGCUUCAGCAGCAGCAACAGCGCGAACUGCAACACCUUCAACAACAGCAGCAGCGAGAACUGCAGCACCACCAACAACUGGCCGCCCAGCAGCAACAAUUAGCCGCCCAGCAGAUGGCACUCGCCGCUCACCGUGAUCGGGAUCACCAUCGGGAGCGGGAACGGGAACGGGACCGUGACCAUCACCAUCAGCAACAGCCACCACCACCACCGCCACCGGUCGCAAUGCUAGCAGCCGCCGCAGCCGCCUCACCUUCGCACGUUGGACCGCCUCAGCUACCGCCCGGGUUGCUGUUGCCUCCGCUACCGGCCGCCGUCGCAGCAGCAGCAGCAGCAGCCGCCGCUGCCGGUGUUACCGCGGACGAUAGUGGUUCCUCCUGCUCACCGUCCGGUUCGUCGGCAUCAUCAUCAACAGCCGCCGCCGCUGCUGCAGCUGCCGCAGCCGCAGCAGCCGCCCUAAUCAAGGAGGAAGCGGCAACGGCAUGACUUUAUCCUCCCUGGAGUGGUUACGAACUGCCGCCCAGUCGGAUGAUGUCCCGCAUCUACUAGCUGCCAGCGCCAGCCGCCUUCGACGGCCGACGGCGGACGAUCGGUCACGGCAUGCAGCCGAACGUAUGCCCUGACCGUCCGUUCGUCCAUUGCACGGAUGCGGUAAGCCUGUGUGGGGGACACGAUGAUAUAAGCACAACGUGAUCGAUAAGCAGUAAGCAG